UCAGCUGUCAGUUUUACAAUGGCUUCUGGUUGUGUAGGAAGUGCUUUAAACUGUCUUCCAGAAGAUAUUCUAGUGGAAGUUUUCUUUUAUCUUCCUGUCAGGGAUCUGCUUAGAAUCAGCAGAGUUUCUAAAAAGUGGCGAAGACUCAUUUCUGACAAAAGGCUGUGGAAAGAUGUUGAUUUAACCCCAUAUAAGAUGAAUUCCAAGACUUUAUGGCAUCUGCUCAGGCGUUACUUCAGUAGCAGUCUUAGAAGUCUGAAGGUGCGCGGCUGUCUGCAUUCGGUGAAGAAACAGGAAGUCCUCACAGAAGCAUGGCUAUCAGAACUAGGGAAGAGGUGCUCUGGCAUCAGUCACCUUCACAUCACAGAAAUGGACCUCCGCACAUUAAGUUGCAGAUGUCUUCCUACAUCUCUGACGAGAUUGGAAAUUGCUCACUCUGAGAUCUCUGUCAAUUGGUUCAGUGAGGCAACAAAACCUGGAAAGUGCUCUGCUCCAAAACUUACUAGUCUUAUUUUGCGUAAUGUGCCUGCUUUUUCUGAUCAUCACUUGCAAAAUCUCUCACCCAGGCACCCUUUAAAAACACUUGUACUUUCUGGAACAUACCGUGUGACAGACAAGGGAAUUGAAGCCUUGGCAACUAGCUGCAAGGAGAUUGUGCAUCUGAAGCUUCACAGAUGUCAGAUUUCAGACAGUGCCCUUCAUUUUGUUGGUCGCCAUUUGAAGCAGUUGCACAGCCUGAAUCUUACUAACAUUCCUGCUUUGACAGAUGCUGGUCUCACUUGUUUGGCAAGCUUAAAGAAACUGGAAUCUCUAAACUUGAAAUAUUGUUGUCAAUUGAGUGCUGGGGGUAUUACAUUUGUUUGUAAGCAGCUUCCUUCACUAAAAUAUCUCAACCUUGACGGAAUUGCAUUAGAGGAACACACUCUUCAGAAUAUACGGCACAGUCUUUCAAGCUGCACUGUGUCCAAUAGUUUUCCAGACAUGGAUGCUGUGCCAAAACCAUAGCUAGGAUGAUAUAGUAGUCAGAGGAGUUGUCUGAAGUGGAAAAAUUAAAACAGCCGUGUGCAGAAUAUAUGGCUUCUCUCACAGUAUUAAGCAUACUUGGAAAAGCUCCUUUUUGGAGCAAUCAACAGUGAAUUUGCUCUGUAGUCUGUCUUGAAUCUCCAUCUUCUGUAAGAAACUGUCCUAGCCUAGACAAUGUGAACAGAUUCGUUGGAACUUAUUGGAAUUUUACAUUUUUCUUUUGACUGCUGUUGAUUCAGGUUUAUUUUUGAAACAAGUUUUGCCACAGAACAGUUGUUUAGUAAAAACACAUAAAUAAAUAAAAAUAAAAUAAAUAAUAAAAUUAAAAAAAGAAUCUUUGUUUAGUAAAAUCCUUCUGGGAUUCUGCUUCUUAGCUGUACAUAAUGUAGUGCACACCUGUGCAGUGGCGCAUUUUAGAGUAUUAACAAAGUCUACAAAAGUUGUGUGUUCAGAUUGUAUCACAGUGAAUUGAGGUAAUGAUUAGCUUGGAUUGUGCCCCUACAUACCCACAGCACUGGUUGUAAUCUUAAGGUUGUUGCAAAAGCAUGUGUUUUCUUGGGUGUUGCAUUUGUUCUGAACUGUUGCAUACGGUCAGCUUGGAAUGCAGUUUGUACAUAAUUGGAUCCAUAUGUAGCGAGCUCACUUCCCUGCCUGUUUGUACACUCUGUAAUUAGGAGCGGAUUGGAGAGGUAAAUCAGGCUUUUGUUUGUUUUGUGAGGGAGGAGCGAGUAGUCUGCUGGGCAAAAGCAGCUGGGAGGAAUGUGUAAAUCAGCCAAAAAAAACCGAGUCCCCCCAUUCCCCCUAGGUGCAACAGCCUUGGAGCUAACUAUAUUUAG